GUGAUAUACAGUCGAAGUUUAAAGUUAGUCAAUUUUGAUUAGUAAAAGGGCAAAUUUAUCUUAAGUAACUAAAUUAUAAUGUGCAGUUUAAAUGAAUACUUUUUCUAAAAUAGAUAUUGUAUCGCAAGUGGUUAAAAUGAUUUCUUGACCAUCUGUCCUGAUACAUUUAAUCUAUGUGCCUUUUUUACAAUGUGAUAUUUAUUUGCAAAAUAAUCAUGUUUCGACGAAACAAACGGGUUGAUAAAGCUAAAUUAGAGCAUAAGUUAUAUUUAGCUCGUGAAAAUCCCGAACCAGUUUUUGAUUUAACUGAUUGCUGUCUUCGUGAAGUUCCUACUGGCAUUUAUUCCUUAUGUAGAGUGUUUCUAAAGGAGUCUCUGCAGUUACAGAAUAAUUGUUUAACGUCACUGACAGGAGGAGGUCAACUUAAAGAUUUAUAUUUGUUAAAGGUUUUAAAUAUAAGUUACAACUCGUUCAGUUCCAUUCCAGAGGAAAUAUAUUUAUUGAAAAAUUUGCAGGAGUUUUAUGUGAAUAAUAAUGAAAUAAAGAAACUGCCUGAAAAUAUGUGCAAAUUAUCGAAUCUUAGAAUAUUUGAAGUUUCAAAUAACAUUUUAAAACUCUUACCUGAAACUAUGGGAAAUUUAGUUAGUUUAACCUAUUUAAAUAUAUGCGGAAAUAAACAUUUGACAUCACUACCAAAAAGUCUGAGUAAUUGUCAAAGAAUACAGAUGUUAGACUUAGAUUCCAAAGGUUUCAUAUAUCCGCCCAGUAUUGUUGUAGAAAAUGGAACCGAAGCUAUAUUAAGGUUUCUUUGUGAUGAUGCAGGAAUACCUUAUUCACCUCCAGAAUUUGAUGAAAGUGUUGCAGAAGAAAAGACAGACUCGCAAGAACCUAAUGAUAACUUUGAGGCAAGAAUAUGGGAGCUAGAAAAGAUUAAGCAAAGGAAGGCACAAGAAUUCUUGGAAAUCGAAAAGCAUAAUGAAACGUUGCAAAGUCAACAAAUAGAGUUAGCAAACGCAUCGAAAGCAAAUAGAGAAAAGUUGCUAGCGGCUUUAGCUGCAGAAAGAACUCAUUUCGACUCGGAAUUAAAUAAGAUACAACAGCAAAAAGAAAUUGAACGGUUUAAGUUAAUCGAACAGUUACAGGAAGCUGAAAAUAACGCCGACAUUGUUAUAAACCAAUUGCUGACGUUAAACAAUAAACCCGUUGAGGAAUUAUUGAAUCAAGAAAAGCAAGAUGAAGAAAGGCUGUUAGCUGCUGUUAAUCGUUAUAACGAAGCUUUGAGAAAAGAUGACAUCUUAGCAGCUAUGCAAGAUAUUUUAGGGCAAGAAGCUAAGAAAUUUAAGGAAUUUCAUGAAAAUCGAAUUGAAACGUCAGUUACUCUUUUGGAGCAGGAAGCUGAAACGGAUUCUAGAUUGUUGGAGGUACUGAAAAAUCAGGAUGAACAUAAGGCUGAAUUAGUAAAUAAGCUGAAAGAGGAUAAUGACUUGCAAAAAGUGGCAGUUGGUACUUUGCUGGAAAGGGGAGAUGCCAGAAGUUGGAGUCUCGUGCAGGAAGUUAAACUUGUGGAAGCACAAUUGGCUGCUCUAACUCACAUAGAAAUGGACAGGAAGAAACUUGAAAUAGACCAACAAAUGUGUGACUUGGCUGAAAAAAGAAUAAAUCUUUCAAUUCUACUCAUAGACUUACUGGAACAGCAAAAAGAAAGGCGUCGUCAACUGUUGUCUACUCUGCAGUCAAUGGAAGACAGUACAGACAGUACAGACGAUUUUUGGCUGAAGCAGUACCAGCUAUUACUAGACAAGUUACCAAAAGAUUUGUCUUUGGCACAAAGAAACGUGGACCCGAACUUAGCUCAAGCUCUGCUUGCGAAAGGAGUGAUUCACUGUUUACCGUUUUUGGCGAAACUUACACAGUAUCAAUAUGAUAAUGUAAAAAUAACAGAUUCGGAUCUUUUAGAAGCAGGAGUUACAAAUAGGAUCGAUCGGAUGAAUAUUCUUGAUGCGUUUCAAAUGUAUGAAAAAGAAAAAUUACUUUUCUGUGAUAAUUAUACUCCUUCGGCCCCAACGGCAUACGAGGAAGAAGCUAGCGCUCCCUUACCAGACAACUUCAGAACCAUAAGCACCUCAGAAUGUGUUGUUUGUUUCGAUAUAGAGUGUACCAUUAUAUUUGUGCCAUGCGGACAUUUGUGUUGCUGUUGCCAUUGCUCUACGUUAGUAUCAGAAUGUCCCUUAUGUCGAACAAAUAUAGAACGUAAAAUAACCGUGUCAUGAAUCUAAAAUCUUUUAUUACAUUCUUAUAUUUCAAAUUCACCAGUGUGAUAUUUUAUAUUUCUAAUGUUACAUGCAUGAUUUCCUGUUGUGAUUAAGUAGGAAUGAAAAUUAUAUUAUGUUUUCGGUAAAAUAUAAAAUCACAUUUUGAUAUUUUGUAGCUAAGGAAUAUUCUGCUAGCAAAUACUUUGUUAUAAUGUUAUUAGAGUAUAAGACAUAAUACUUCACUCAUAAUUUAAAUUGCUAGAUACAUAAUUGCUUAGUCAUUUUAUAGAUAUAAUCUAUAUUAAAGGUAUACAUAUUCUUUUUAAGAGAAAUAAGUCCAACACUAUUAAAUAUGGUAUUUUUUUAUCAAAUCGGAACAUAUAGAUUCAACAUUAAAAAAAUUAAAUACAAUUGUCCUAUAUCAUGUUGUUUUGAACAAAUAUUUUCAAGUAAUAUAUAAAUUCUUGAUAUAAUAUAAAACUAUAAACCCUCUAUCAGAUUGUCCCUUACUUCAUUGUGCCAUACAAUUUAAUUUAAAGUGGAAUAUUUUCAAAAUAUUUUUACUAAGGCUUUAUUAUAUGAGAGACUGUGUAUGUUUUAAGUUGUUUUAUAUAACCAUCAGAUAACACUAAUAAAUGAUUAUUAAAUGCCAAUUCUUAUAAGAAUGGUACUUAAAAUAAUAUAUCAACUUUGUUCACAGCGCGUCAGAUAUGCUUGUUAACAAUUUCCAACCAUUAGAACGCAAACUGCAUUUGUAACGUUGGUUAACAGAGGCAAGUGUUUUUGACCGAUGGAAUAAAGUAAUAUUUAUUUUCUGUUUUUUGGUGCAGUUUGUAUGUCAAAUUGAGCAUAAAUUGUGGCCUUUAAAAAAGUAAUAAUUUAGUUAUUAAAUGUAUAUAUAAUCUUAACUAGUCAUGUGUCAUUGCAAGCUUUCUCUACUGUUAUUUUAUAA